AUGGAUGUGGAACCAGUUCAGGAACCCCAGAUCCCGCAACAAGCCGAGCAUCCAGCACCAGAACGCGAAAUGCAACAAGCAAACGGCGAACAGGCUCUCGUCACCUUGCCCCGGGAGCAGCAAGUUGGUCCUCCCCGACAACGCCACGACGGGAGGAACCGCAUAAUAUUCCAAGCUCCAGACGCAGCGGAUCUGCCGCACGUAACCUUUGCCAACAUGGUCAACAGUGGCCCACGGAUUCCCAAUGCUCUACGUGAAUUUGACUUUCUUCCCCCAUUUUUUUCUUUAGGACCUCUGCAGAGCGUCAAUUGA